AUGCUAGAACUGCAGGUGAACGCGACAGCGGUGCGGUUGCUUAGCGAGCAGAUGCGCAACCCGCAGACUGCAGCCACCGAGGCCAACAUCUGGGCAGUGGUGGCCCUGGGCUACUCCGGCUAUGGUGGUGAAAUACGAACGGGAAAGUGUCCUCGCCAGUCUUCUCUGAAAGAGCUUCAGUCGCUACAUAUCUACGGGAGGCUAGUGAUCAACAAGGUCUACGUGGCCGGAUUAAUGCGGUUGGUGCAGAUGCUGGGUGGAGUUGACAAGAUCACAACCCCUGGCAUAGCCCAACUCAUAUGCUUUGCAGAUCGGUUCGAGUCGAGUCGGCUCUAUGGCGAGGCCGAUCGUCUUGCGGUGAGUGUCGCGGAGAGGGAAUGGGCCGAGUCAACGAUGGGCUCAUCGGCAACUUCAUUCCCGAUGGUGUGGCCGGAUCCUCAAGACGAGGCGCUUUCCGCUCUUCUGGGAGUCAUACAAGACAUGGCCGAUUUCACCAUAGUCGUGGAAAACUACGUCGAGGGCAGGUUUGUCCCCAGACCGCCGGUGGUGCUGACAGAUCAAAGAAACUACAUCCAGCACAGGCUGAUGUCGCUGGAGUCUCUUGAAGAAAUCGAGAGUCGCAGGACGGCUCUCCCCCUCAGUCCUGAUGGCCAUGACGACCUGGCAACGAUAUGGAUCCACAAGAUCAUGUCCGAACCCGGCUGCCUUUACGCCUACUUCUUCGCCCAACUGAUGCGAAACAAGUAUAGUCGUCACUUCCACUCGAAGGCACAGCGUCAGCUGCUCCACGCGCACAUCGAGACCGUCUCGUAUGUCAACAAGGCGCUGUCGGAUCCCUCGACCGCUUGUAGCGAGCUUACGAUUCUGACUGUCUUCAAUCUGGCGUAUCAGGCGCUGACACCCGACCUGCGUACAGGACCCGUCGACGUCCCGAGCAGGGACCACUGCGGUCACUCCGCCUGCUCAACCUAUGCGGCGGGCCGAUCGAGGCGGCAUCUAUGCACCGGGAAGGGCUUUUUAAGAUGGUUGAACUGCGCGGAGGACUGGACAAAAUCACGAUACCCGGUUCUGGCCGGUCUGCUCUUGCUACCGACACGACUGCCCUUCGCCCCUUGCGUCAAGGGCGUCGACCUCGACGGGCCCCUCUCGCGCACCCGCCGCACCGACCAUCCGCUCCGCACGCUCGGCCAGGGGUUUUCCAUCCUCGACCACUUCGGCUCGCCUCUCAGGUCGCUCGACCUGCAGAUCGCCCUGCACCGCCUGAGCCUCUAUACGCUCGCCGUGGACGACUACCUUGUGGGAAGAUCCGCCGCGCAGAGCCUAUCCCUGCUCGGCGUGGAGCGGUCCUUCGCCAUACAUUCGCUAAUGGGACUCACUGUGGCGGUAGAUCCCGACACUGACGGGGACGGCGGCACUCCUCGCGGCGGCGCUCCUUGCGACGACGACGACGACGAGCUCCUCGACCUCUGCCACGUCGCGGCCCUGAUCUACAGCGUGCUAUGUGUGCUUCCGCUGCCUGCCGCGCCGUUUCCAGCUUCUCCUCCAGCGGACCAGAACACUCUUGGCGCGACGGAGCUUCGCGAGAGAAUGGUCCGAAGCAACGGCCAUCAUGCGGUGGAUUGCAUUCAUGGCGGGGCAUUGCGACCUUGGGAGCAGGUGACAGCAGCACCAGCAGGUCGUGGUUCGUCGGGUUGA